GUAAGGAGGCGAGGCUGCCGCUGGGCAGCGGCGCUGGGGAAGGCCCGGCCGCGCGGGGCCGGCCCCGAGCCUGCCCCGAGAGCCGGGGACAGCGCUACCAACCGCGGGGACCCCGCUUGUCCUGCGGGAGGAGCUGUAAAGUUUUGCUGUCAGAAUGAGGAGCAGGAUCCCUGUCAUCCUCCUGGCCUGUGGCUCCUUUAACCCCACCACCAACAUGCACAUGCGUUUGUUUGAGCUGGCCAGAGACCACCUGCACCAGACAGGAAGAUAUCAGGUGAUUGAAGGCAUAAUGUCUCCUGUCAGUGACAGCUAUGGGAAGAAAGGCUUGGUGUCAGCAAGGCACCGGGUGGCGAUGGCCAGACUGGCCCUGGAGACGUCUGACUGGAUCCGGGUGGAUCCCUGGGAGAGCCAGCAGGACACUUGGACAGAGACAGUGAAAGUAUUAAGGCACCAUUAUAAUGAAGCACUCAGAACGUUCCAGUCCAAGGAGUUCACAAGAAACAAACAUGCCACGGAAAGCUCCAUGGGGGACUCCCUUUCUUGCCAGCAGCCAGUUCUACCAGAAUUAAAGCUGCUGUGUGGGGCUGAUUUUCUACAGACAUUUAAGACACCUGAUCUCUGGAAGGAAGAAGAUAUCAAAGAAAUAGUGGGGAAGUUUGGUUUGGUCUGCAUCAGCCGGGCUGGCUCUGAUCCAUCGCAGCUCAUCCAGGAAUCAGACCUUUUAUCUAAAUUACAACACAAUAUUUUUCUAGUGAGAGAGUGGAUCCAGAAUGAAGUCAGUGCAACGCAGAUCCGUUCUGCCCUGUGCAGAGGGCUGAGUGUGAAAUAUCUGAUCCCAGACUCUGUCAUUGCCUACAUUGCCCAGCACAAUGUCUACACAGCCGAGAGUGAGCGCAGGAACCAGGGGCACCUGCUGCAGCCCCUCAGGCUGAAAACACAGCAAUAAACCCUCUGAGGGACUGAUUUCUGCACUGUGUGCUGUGUCAGACCACCACCCUUGUCAUGGAGAUUUCUUGGGAAAGUUGUUUCUUAUUAAUAAUGAAGGGAAAGUCCAAAAUUUCUUGAAAUCAUGUGGUAUUUUAAAUCCAUGAAUCUGUGUGUAGUAGUGUUCAAGAAAAUUGGGAUGAUGAGCUGUGUAGCUUAAAAUACACAAAGAAUAGCUUCUUUGUGAAAAUAAAAGCAAGGAGAUCUUCACAAUAAA